CUUCUGUUUGUAUAUUUGGUGCUUCAUUUGAACCAAUAUGGAUUGUUUUGUGCAUGAAUUGAACUUGAUGGAUGAUAUAAACAUGAGACCAAGGAUGUUUGCUCUUGUUUGAUGUUAAUUUGAUGUUGGAUGGUGGAUACCUUGCUGUUUUAACUUUUUUCUUGCUUUGGGACCCUAGGCUUGGCCUAGUGGUCUAGUUGCUAAUGUUUGCUUGGUUUUUCAGGAUCAAAAGCAUAAUGUACAUGGAGAAUGAUACAAGUUGAUUUUAAUUGAUGUUGUGGAUGUUUGUACACUAACAUAACAUUGUUUUGUAGGUGUUGGAGCUUGGGCUUAAGCCUUGAGCUUGCUUUGUGUUGUAUUGUUUAAACUGGUUAACUGUUUGUUGUUUACAGUUUGUCUGCUUGAGUACUGACUGAGUUUGAUUGUUUCCAGGUACUUUAGUUGCUCAGUUCCUUGUGAACUAUUGCUUUGCUUUGCUUUGCUUAAGCAACUUGCAUAGAGGAAUCAUUGCUCGCGCUCGUAGAGUUGUACCUUUGCACUCAACUCGUCCUCACAGAUACUUCACCAGACGCAAUACUCCCAGACUCAUGGAUCUUCCCAACACAGAUAUCCUCGAGCUGAAAGAGAGGAUGGGAGAGCUGAUCAGUGUCAUGCAAGAGUUCGCCUUGGGGCAGAAGGCGAUUGCCGAGAAGGUGGGGAGGAUUGAAGAUUGGCUGAAGAUGGGGAACAUGCAAGGAAAUGCUUCGUCAUCUGGACUGAAGAAAUCCUUUGGUAAUAACCAGCGCAAGGAUGAGGGUGAAUCGAGUGCUGUAUACGCCCAGAGAGGACACGGUAGGGGUCGUUACUACCAGCACACUGCUGCAGUAACCAUCCCUGCUGGUAAUCGGGCAGUCCGACAGCAACCUCAGACUAAUCCCCAGAAGAUACAGGGAGCUGGGAGUCAAGUGAAAGGAAAGGGGGUUGAUCGUCAUUUUGACAAGCCACCCAUGCCAUAUGCUGCUCUGUUUAAAAAGUUGAUGGAUCUGGGGAUGGUUCAGCCAAGGACGUUAGCUCCAUUGAGAGCAGAUCAGUGGCCACCAAACUAUAAUGAGAACGCCAGGUGUGAAUUUCAUUCUGGUACGCAGGGGCAUGACAUUGAGGGUUGUAGAGCCUUUAAGCAUACUGUUCAAGACCUGCUGGAGUCCAAGGCCCUCCAUUUUUCACUAUUGACAGAUGUUAAUGCUAAUCCCAUACCGGCGCAUGGUCAGGCGAUGGGGAAUGCAAUUACUGAAGAUUCAGAUCACACCCGGGCAGUGGGUAAAGAAGCUAACAGUGACUGGGAGAUUGAUCAAUGGAUAAGAUCGUGCGUACCAGGAAGCUGGAAGGCCUAAAAAGAUCAGCACUGACACUCAUCCUGAAGAGUAAUAGAUUCUUGUUUUCAGUUUAUUUGCAUG